CCAUGCCUCAGUCUAGCUAGCCCCUGGAGCCCUGCAGAGAGUCAACGAACAACUGCCGGUGGAGUGAGAGAAAAGGGAAACUCCGGUCUGCGUGUCUGUCACACUGAACGAAAACCAACGUGUUGGACUGAGUGAGAGCGCGCUGUUGAAAUAAACGAGGCAACAAUGUCUGAGGGAGUUAUCACCAGAAUGGGUCUUCUUCUGCUCGUCAUCAGCUCGACAAUGGCCCAGGACUGUUCCGAUCCCUGUGACUGCCCAUCGGAUCCCCCUCCAUGCCCGUUUGGUACCAGCCUGGUUCUGGAUGGCUGUGGUUGCUGUAAGGUGUGUGCCAGGCAAGCCGGCGAGCCCUGUACCCUCCUGGAGCCAUGUGACCACCACAAAGAGCUUUACUGUGAUUAUGCAAUGCUGAGUGACACUGAGCACGGCAUCUGUAUGUCCCAGGAAGGCCAGACGUGUGACCUGGGAGGGGUCAUCUACCGCAGUGGAGAGACCUUUCAGCCCAGCUGCAAGCACCAGUGUGUCUGUAUGAACGGAGAGAUCGGCUGCGUGCCAACCUGUGCCAGCGACGUGUGGCUGCCUUCCCCAGACUGCCCCUACCCACGCCGCAUCCAGAUCCCUGGGAAGUGCUGUGAGGAGUGGGUGUGUGACCAGAGCCCUCAGGACAACCCCUAUCAGUCAGCCAUGGCUGUCUACAGAAAGGAGUCAGCCCACGUGCCGGUCCCGGCGGAGAGCCCCAGGGAGAACUGCAUCGUCCAGACCACCAAAUGGGGCGAGUGCUCGGCCACCUGCGGCAUGGGCGUGUCGUACCGCGUCACCAACGACAACGAGCGGUGCCAGCUGGAGAGGCAGACCCGUGUCUGUAUGAUCCGGUCCUGCCAUGUGGAGCAAGAGAAGGACAUCAAGAGGGGGAAGAAGUGUGUACGGACCCCCAAGUCCCCGCGAGGCGUGCGCUUCCAUCUGUCGGGCUGCAGCAGCAGGAGGGUCUACAAGCCCAAGUUCUGUGGUGUGUGUACGGACGGGCGCUGCUGCACCCCCCACACCACCGUCACUGCAGAGGUGGAGUUCCACUGUCCCGAGGGAGACGCCUUCAGACGCAAGAUGAUGUUCAUCAAGACGUGCUCCUGUCACCACGACUGUCCACGAGACAAUGACAUCUUCCUGGCUUCGCAAACACGCAGGAUGAUCGGGGACUAUGACAACGAUAUGUAACCGACGUGGCUGCCGUACACACUGCACAUAUAACGUCAUAUAUACACACACAUAUAUAUAUACACAUACACACACACAGGCACGGAUAAAACUCCUUCCCACCACCCUCACACACUGAUAGGCAGCUCUUUGAAGGAUGUCAACCUGGUUGAAUCCCUGGACUCUGUCUCUACCUUACUACCCAUAAGGAUGUCAACCUGGUUGAAUCCCUGGACUCUGUCUCUACCUUACUACCCAUAAGGAUGUCAACCUGGUUGAAUCCCUGGACUCUGUCUCUACCUUACUACCCAUAAGGACUCUGUCUCUACCUUACUACCCAUAAGGACUCUGUCUCUACCUUACUACCCAUAAGGACGUCAACCUGGUUGAAUCCCUGGACUCUGUCUCUACCUUACUACCCAUAAGGAUGUCAACCUGGUUGUGAGACUGAAAAGAAAGAAUGUGUGAUUUCAAGAUAUGAAGAAGCAGAGCAUGAGAUUUACUUUUUAGGUUUUAUUUUUUAAAUUUAAUUUAACUUUUUUUUUUUUUUUUAAUGCGCAGCUCUAAAGUCACCUGACUCUUUGAUUGGCUCUUUGAUUGGUCUUUCUGUAUGUCUACAGAGAUACUGAAGGGUGGAUCUGACGCACUGAGGACACAAUGUUAGAGACAAUGUUAGGCAAGAAUAUAUUUACAUACACUGCUUAAUUGCCAUGGGAACAUGACACGGUAGUGUACAGAUGAGAGGUAGGUAGCGCAGCCUAGUGGUUAGAGCGUUGGACUAGUAACCAGAAGGUUGCGAGUUCAAACCCCCGAGCUGACAAGGUACAACUUUGUCGUUCUGCCCCUGAACAGGCAGUUAACCCACUGUUCCCAGGCCGUCAUAGAAAAUAAGAAUGUGUUCUUAACUGACUUGCCGGUUUAAAUAAAGGUAAAAUAAAAAUAAAAGGUAUCCUAUGGGGGUGUCUCCCAACUCCGUACCCCCAACAGCACACAUUGUUGUUUUAGACCAGGACAAAAACACCUGAUUCAACUUGUCAAAGGCUUGAUUAUUAGUUAAAGAGUAGAAUCAGGUGUGCUUGUCCGGGGCCACAACAAAUAUGUCCUAGGUUGAGGGCGCACUGAACGGAGAGGCACUUACUGAACCGAAUUUCACAUCUUGACAUAACAUUUUAGAAUAUGACAUUUAAAAAAUAUAUUUUUCAUAUGUUACAGAUGAACAAUACAGAAAUGGUUUGGAUAUAAUGUAGUACUGGUAUGUGCCUUGACAUCUGUAUAAUAAUGAUUGAACAUAUAUAAUUAUAAUUAAGAAUGUCAAUAAUAUUGUUUAUUGUUUAUUUAAAAAAUAAAAGAAGUAAUGAAAUGAAAGAAAGAAAUUUGGCAUUUAACGAAAACACCUUGUGUAAAUACUGAAAGACGGUGUACAAUUUAGUACUAUAAUUUAUUACCUGGUUGUUGUUUCAUUAAUAACACCAUGUUGAAGGUUGUUGUUUCAUUAAUAACACCAUGUUGAAGGUUGUUGUUUCAUUAAUAACACCAUGUUGAAGGUUGUUGUUCCAUUAAUAACCCCAUGUUGAAGGUUGUUGUUGUAUAAUUAAUAACACCAUGUUGAAGAUUGUUGUUGUAUAAUUAAUAACACCAUGUUGAAGGUUGUUGUUGUAUAAUUAAUAACACCAUGUUGAAGGUUGUUGUUUAAUUAAUAACCCCAUGUUGAAGGUUGUUGUUGUAUAAUUAAUAACACCAUGUUGUAGAUUGUUGUUGUUUCAUUAAUAACACCAUGUUGAAGGUUGUUGUUUAAUUAAUAACACCAUGUUGUAGGUUGUUGUCUAAUUAAUAACACCAUGUUGAAGGUUGUUGUUUAAUUAAUAACCCCAUGUUGAAGGUUGUUGUUGUAUAAUUAAUAACACCAUGUUGUAGAUUGUUGUUGUUUCAUUAAUAACACCAUGUUGAAGGUUGUUGUUUAAUUAAUAACCCCAUGUUGAAGGUUGUUGUCUAAUUAAUAACACCAUGUUGAAGGUUGUUGUCUAAUUAAUAACACCAUGUUGAAGGUUGUUGUAUAAUUAAUAACACCAUGUUGUAGAUUGUUGUUGUUUCAUUAAUAACACCAUGUUGAAGGUUGUUGUUUAAUUAAUAACACCAUGUUGUAGGUUGUUGUUGUAUAAUUAAUAACACCAUGUUGUAGAUUGUUGUUGUUUCAUUAAUAACACCAUGUUGAAGGUUGUUGUUUAAUUAAUAACCCCAUGUUGAAGGUUGUUGUCUAAUUAAUAACACCAUGUUGAAGGUUGUUGUUUAAUUAAUAACCCCAUGUUGAAGGUUGUUGUUGUAUAAUUAAUAACACCAUGUUGUAGAUUGUUGUUGUUUCAUUAAUAACACCAUGUUGAAGGUUGUUGUUUCAUUAAUAACACCAUGUUAAAGGUUGUUGUUGUUUAAUUAAUAACACCAUGUUAAAGGUUGUUGUUGUUUAAUUAAUAACACCAUGUUGAAGAUUGUUGUUUAAUUAAUAACACCAUGUUGAAGGUAUUGUAUUAUACUGUAUCAUACUUGUUUUUCACUGUAACCACCUGGCCAAGACACAAGUGAGUUCCUAUUUGUUGCACUUUUGUCUAUAUCAACUUAAAUAAAUUAUAUUUUUUAUACAUAAA